AUGGCGGCGUCCAUGGCGUCGCCACGGGGGCGGUCGAUCCGGGAGACGGUGCUGGAGACCGUGGCGGCGUACCACCACCAGCAGAGGGCCAGGAGGAAGCUGCGCAAGAGCCUCACCUACGCCGGCGGCGAGCUCUCCUCCGCGGGCCGGGCCCGCGGGGACGCCUCCGCAUCCACCUCCGUCUCCUCGUUCUGCGGGCCCGACGACGACGACGAGCCCUUCUGGGAGGAGGAGGAGGGCACCGUCGAGCUCGUCCAGCUUGGGGCCAACCGCGCCAAGAACGUCCUCAUCCUCAUGAGCGACACCGGCGGCGGACACCGCGCCUCCGCCGAGGCCAUCAAGGACGCCUUCCGGAUCGAGUUCGGCGAUGAGUACCGGGUCUUCGUCAAGGAUCUGUGCAAGGAUCACGCCGGGUGGCCGCUCAACAACAUGGAGAGCUCGUACAAGUUCAUGGUGAAGCACGUGCAGCUCUGGAAGGUGGCCUUCCACAGCACCUCGCCGAGAUGGGUCCAUAACUUCUACCUCGCCGCACUCGCCUCAUUCUAUGCCAAGAAGGUGGAGGCUGGACUGAAGAAAUACAAGCCAGACAUCAUAAUUAGCGUCCAUCCUCUCAUGCAACACAUUCCUCUGUGGGUUCUCAAAUGGCAAGGCCUACAGAACAGAGUAGUCUUUGUAACUGUGAUCACGGACCUCAACACAUGCCACCCUACAUGGUUCCAUGCUGAUGUGAACAGAUGUUACUGCCCCUCAGAAGAAGUUGCCAAGCGGGCAGCACUGGAUGAUCUACAACCUUCUCAAAUUCGCGUGUUCGGUCUUCCAAUUCGACCAUCAUUCUGCCGUGCAGUUCUUGUUAAGGAUGAUUUGAGGAGGGAGCUUGAAUUGGAUCCUGAGCUUCCUGCAGUGCUGCUCAUGGGAGGUGGAGAGGGCAUGGGUCCUGUCAAGAAGACUGCCAGAGCUCUAGGAGAAUCAUUGUUUGACAAAGAGCUUGGAAAACCAAUUGGGCAGCUUAUUGUCAUUUGUGGCCGGAACAAAACGCUAAGCUCCUCACUGCAGGCACUUGAAUGGAAAAUACCAGUAAAGGUUAGGGGAUUUGAAACCCAAAUGGAGAAGUGGAUGGGAGCUUGUGAUUGCAUUAUAACAAAGGCUGGACCGGGAACCAUUGCUGAAGCGUUGAUAAGGGGUCUUCCUAUAAUCCUUAAUGACUUCAUACCUGGACAGGAAGUUGGCAACGUCCCUUAUGUUGUGGACAAUGGUGCAGGUGUGUUCUCGAAAAGCCCUAAGGAAACUGCUAACCUUGUUGCCCGCUGGUUUGGUCCAGAUUCAGAGGAACUGAAAAAAAUGUCAGAAAAUGCACUGAAAUUGGCUCAGCCAGAAGCUGUCUUUGACAUUGUCAGAGACAUUCAUGGGCUCUCUCAGGAGCAAGGCGUGAUAUCACAGAUCUCUAGUUCCUUGACUUCAUCCUUCUUCAUACCAUCACCUGAAACCACACCUCUCCAACUUAUCUGAAACCAUCAAGCUGUGUCUAGCUAGGAUUCUAUUCUUGCAACUGUGAACUUGGCAUUCUCCCAACAGCGUGACCUGAAAAAUGGAACUUCAUGCAGUCUUUCUCAUCAGCUGUUGGUACUGGGAUUCCACAACUUUCGGUUCAUGUGCUCCCAUGGUAGUUAUGGGCAGGCUCGUUUGACUGACAGGUUCUCGUGUGUGAUGAUGCUGGCUUCAUUUUAACUUUGUAAAAAAAAAGGAACACAUUCAUUCAUAUCAUGUUUCUGGCUUCCCCCGUCAUGAAAGGGGAAUUGGUGGUGGUGGCUUGUAAAAUACACUCAAAUUUUGUGCAUGGAGAUGUCAGACCCUUAUUGUGUAUACUAACUGACGUGAUCCGUUCGUGUAAGUGGAAGAUGUGUAUAAUAUGAUGACAGAUUGUUCGAGUGGAAGUUUU